UCCGCUCUUCUGUUCUGCUCGCGCAAAGAUCGACAGAUGUGACGUAAUACAAGUAAUAACCUUAUUCUCUGCUUUAAAUCAGUCGGAUAUUUUACAUGUUUGUUUUACAGCGGAUUUUCUCAUAGUGGCAUGUGUUUUAUUUUAGGUUUAUUAUCAAUUUGCCACGUAUCAGCUGUGUGAUACGCGAAGGUAAUCACAUUUUAAUCUUCUCAUAUGUUUUACUUUCGUGGAAGUGAUAGUGGAAUGUUAAAUGGUAAUUAAAGAUUACGAAGCAUUUGUCUGCUCGCCGAAGUCUCGUGCGGUAAGAACUCUUAGAUGAGCGUGCACGUUAGUCCUUAGUCGAGCUGAGAGCGUUUGCACUAAAGGUAAUCGAGCAGUGAAUGAGCUGUGGAUUCUAAUUUCUUACAACUAUCACAACAACAGAUAAAAGCUUUGGUGUCUGAUUGCUAAACACUCACAGUUGAAAUGCAGGCGUGGUUGCGUAUUUCACUGUUGCUAUGGAUUUUUGGGUUUUUUCGUGAAUUUCGCCCAUCGGAACCAUUUGUUACGGAAUAUCUGAGUGGUCCGUGGUACAACAUCACAACCGAACAAAUCAACAAAGAAAUCUAUCCCUUCGGUACUUAUGCGGUACUGGCACAACUUGCAAUUGUUUUCCUCAUCACCGACAUACUUCGCUACAAACCAAUUAUUAUUGUAUCCGCAUGUACAGGCAUUAUACUUUUCGCCAUUCUACUGUGGUCGCAGGAAAUAUGGGAACUGCUAGUGGCCCAGGUAUUUUAUGGCACCUUUAUUGCUACCGAGGUGGCCUACUACACAUAUAUUUAUGCCAAAGUUGAUAAGGAGAAAUACCAGAUUGUUACCGGGCAUACGCGAUCGGCGAUUUUGUGCGGAAAAUUUUUAGCUGGUGUUUUAGCUCAAGUGCUCGUUUCAACCGAAACGAUGAAUUACAAGGGCCUGCAUUACAUUUCUUUUGGUUCACAAAUAAUAUCGCUUUUUAUAGCGGUGCUUUUGCCACCGGUGGGUAAAAGUUUGUACUUUUAUACAGAACAUCCACUUGAACUCUCAGAUGUCUCCAUAGAGCAGAAGCAAGUUAUAUCAGAGAACUCAUCAACUGCAGUUUUGCCACAAAACGGUUCCAUCGCUGGCAUUGCCUCUGGGGAAAGUGACAUCAGUUCGACAAAUUUGCCGCGUUUUUCCUGGAAUAAUGCCCUUCAAUUACUUGUAAAACAUACUGUCAGUGCGUAUACAAACCGGACAGUAGUUCGUUGGAGUUUCUGGUGGGCUUUGGCCACAUGUGGACAGAUGCAGGUGAUCUCGUAUGUGCAAUUUCUAUGGAAGGAUAUAGAUCCGAACCAUGAGAGUAUCUACAAUGGCGCUGUGGAGGCAACUGUCACACUCUUGGGUGCCGGUAGUGCUAUGGUGGCAGGUAUAGCUAACACCAGCCAUCACAAAAAAUGGCACAUGUGGAUACUGACUGUUUGCUCGCUGUUUAUGGGAACUUUCAUUAUUAUCUCGUCGGUGACGAAUUCAGUUUGGAUUGCCUAUGCUAUGUACAUUCUUUUCGGCAUUUGUUAUUUUUUCGUUAUAACAACAGCGAGCGCGAUAGUGGCAGAGAAUUUAUCAGACGACAGUUUUGGGUUAAUUUUUGGCAUUAAUACACUGGCGGCACUUGUGUUACAGACGAUCCUCACACUUGUCGUGGUUACUGAUACCGGCUAUGGCCUAACACCGCGUGAUCAGUACUUUAUGUAUGGCUGUUAUUUUAUUGUGCUGGCACUCAUGUACUUUGUGGCCGUAUUUAUAAGAAUUUUAUUUAAAAAACUUAGGUGUUGUGGGUAUGGCGUUGUGAAUAUGACAAGUUGACAUUAAGGCGAAUUUUAGACAAACGUUGUUGUUGUUUGAACAUAAACGGUUAGGGAUGCUUCUGAGUGAAUCUUUGAUCGAAUAUAAAUGCGGGUCGUUUUGGUAAUGUAAAUAAAUGUUCAAGAUUCUUGGAUGCGUAGAAAUAUGAUUGUACAAAGCCCGACAGGCUGCUCUAUUAAACAUAAUUUAUACUUAUGUAUGUAGAAAAAUUUUUUAAAUACAAUUUUAUUUUAAUAUAAGGGAGAAAUGUGUGGUAAAGUUCAAAUUAUAUUUUAUCAUGAAUGAAUAUUUCCAAUGACGUAUUACUAGCGAUAUUGUUUCUCCUAACCACUAGCUUAGUAUAUAAUAAAAACUAAUUUUCUCAGGAAAUGCAAAUUUUUGUGUUUUAGCAUACAUUACAAAAAAAUAUCUGUCCUGGUAACGUAAAACAAAGGUCAAAAUACAGUUUUAAGAGCGGAUAGAUGUCGGAAAUGAACGAAGGGUAUGUGCGCUUCCGACUUCAAGACCUACUGUCUCUCUACUUUUCACUGCACCUCAAUCAGAAUCACUUCUUUUAAGAAUCCAUAGAUGGUAUUAGGUUGGGCUAUGCGUAUGUGCUUCGCGCUUCCGGCCGUACCAGUCCGAAAUGUUUACUUC